AAGCGCACGCAAUCUGGGGUUUUAAUGACGUGUGACUUGACUCGUGCGUGGGGGCGGAGUGAUAGCACAAAUAAUUAAAUAUCGAGUCCAGCGGGGACCGCGGCUUCCCGUUAUCGCAGCGUUUCAUCCUCCUAGUUCAGCAAUUGUCCAAACCUGGACAUAGCCACGGGGUGAAGGAAAAGGAAGGCGAGCGGUUUUUAGAGAUGAGGAGAACAACGCAAGCCGUUUGAAGGUUUGGGUGACUGCACAUCGAGCGGGGUUUGUCAGGAAGAUUAAUCCUUGAUCUGGAGGAGGAGAGAAGGACGACUGGACGAGCCGAGCAUCAUCGUAACAGCCUCUUCCAAUACAACGCGGAAAUAACGAGGAAUAUCUUUUAAGACUUUAUAAAAAUUGUCUUUAAUAACCUUAAAGCCUAUCGUUUACUCUUUAUAAAUAACUAUUUGCGGUUGAAAUAGUCAUUACGCAUCUCUUAUAUGCUCCCGCAUCCCCACGAGGCGAAUACACGGCGCAGGCGUUGACCUGAAAUUUAUAUUAUAGUAAACACAGAGUCUCGCUCUGUAUGAUUUAGUAUUGCCUUAAAUAUGUCCGUUGCUCAUCAUCCAUGGUAAAGACUUUAUCUCAGCUUGGUCUUGAUAACAAUCACAUCGUAUUAAUAUCGCAAAUUGUGGUCGAGAAUCCAUUUUAAAGGGCCUCGUUCUUGUGGACGCUUUGGAACAUCUCGACGCGUCUCUUUGUACGGGAAUAAGGGCGUUUGAAUCCGCGAGGGACGGAAGAUGUCGGGUCAGACUUUGACGGACCGCAUCGCCGCGGCGCAGUACAGCCUCACGGGAUCCGAGGUGGCUCGUGCGGUGUGUAAAGCGACCACGCAUGAAGUGAUGGCACCUAAAAAAAAACAUCUCGAAUACUUGAUCCAGGCAACCCAGGAGUCCAAUGUCAAUAUUCCCCAGAUGGCUGAUACCCUGUUUGAGAGAGCGGGAAAUGCCAGCUGGAUUGUGGUCUUCAAGGCUUUGGUCACCACUCACCACCUGAUGGUCCAUGGCAAUGAGAGGUUCAUCCAGUACCUGGCCUCCAGGAACACCCUAUUCAAUCUUAGUAAUUUUUUGGACAAAACUGGCUCUCAUGGUUUCGACAUGUCAACAUUUAUCAGACGCUACAGCAGGUAUCUGAACGAGAAAGCGUUUGCCUACAGACAGAUGGCUUUUGACUUUGGCCGAGUGAAGAAAGGUGCUGAUGGUGUGAUGAGAACAAUGUCUACUGACAAGCUCUUGAAAGGCAUGCCCACACUGCAGAGUCAGAUCGAUGCUCUGCUGGAGUUUGAUGUUCAUCCAAAAGAUCUUGCCAACGGGGUGAUCAAUGCUGCCUUCCUGUUGCUUUUCAAGGAUCUGAUCAAGUUGUACGCCUGCUACAAUGAUGGCAUCAUUAAUCUCUUAGAGAAAUUUUUCCAGAUGAAGAAAGGACAAUGCAAAGAUGCAUUGGAAAUCUAUAAAAGAUUCUUGACACGAAUGACCAGAGUCUCAGAGUUCCUCAAAAUUGCUGAGCAAGUGGGAAUUGACAAAAACGAUAUUCCUGAACUUACACAGGCCCCUGAGAGUCUUCUGGAAUCUCUGGAGACACAUCUCAACACGCUCGAGGGGAAGAAAGUUGAUGAGUCACCGACUAAGAAGGGAUCUCCAACAAAUAAUGGAACACCUGCUGGUACCCCUGCAAAAACCGCAGAGCCCACUGCUGCAGCAGCUGCAGUUACUGAGACCGCCGCAGCAUCAGCUACAACCACCAUCAAUAGCGGCUUUAAUGAUCUAGUGGAUUUUGAUCUGUUGGCUCCAACCACAGGGGCUUCAGCGGCUCCCACAGCAUCAUGGGGAGAUCUGCUUGGUGAGGACUCUCUGGCCGCUCCUGCUGCUGCUGCCGCUAGCUCUGAAGCGCCCCUUUCUGAGGCUGACUCUGCCUCUGCCGCAGUCUCUGCUAUCGAACCAGCAGCUGACGCCAUCGCUGCCCCGGCCGCUGCCUCGCUGCCAGUGCCUGCCCCCACUGCCGCCAUCUCAGACAUGGAUCUGUUUGGAGACGCGUUUGCGCCCUCCCCAGACGAUGGUCCGAGCGAGGGUGUGGCCCCAGCAGCUGCUGCCGAUGCAUGUGCCGGAUCUGACCCCUGGGCUCCAUCGGAGGGUAGUGCAAGCAUUGCCCCAGAGCUGGACCUCUUUGCCAUGAAGCCAGUAGAGAGUGUCGCUGCCGCAGCAUCCCCUACUAGCGCCGAGCCGAGCAUCUCGCCAACAGCGGCCCCAGCUACCCCUUCUCCUCCCACUGCUACUGCCACCACCACUACCAUCACCACAUCUGCUACAACUGAGUCCGCAGCCCCGCCAACACUAGACCUCUUUAGUGGUAAUGUCUCUGCUGUAAUUCUGCCUCUGUCUUGCUUUACUCUGCAUUAUGACAAUUUUAACUUGUUGAGCUAGUUCCCCAACAUUAUCAAGAUUCUAUUUUGUUUGAUUUCUCUCAUUUAGAUUUAUAUUUUAUGUUUUGGUCAUUCUGGUUUGUGAAUCGUGGCCUUAACCACCUUUUCAGUGCUGAGAAGUAUUCUUGACCCUAUCAAAAUAAGUAAUUUAUCUGAGAAAAACAUAAUUACUGUAAUUGUAAAUAUAAAUAUAUCUGUACACUACUGUUGAAAUAAAGUUGCAAAGAAAUGAAUACAUUUGUUCAGCAAGAAAGCAUUAGUAAACCCAAAAGGGAUAGUACACCCAAAAAUGAAAAUGUCAUUAAUUACUCACCCUCAU